CCCAGUCACGAACUCUGUGCGGAAGAGAUUGCGUAACAGCAACAGCAGCAGCACAUGACCGCCCGGAGACUCUUACAAAGCACAACAACAGCGGCAACGCGCCGUAACAUCAUCGCACGAGUGCAAGUCACACGGGGACGAAAGGCGGAGAACUCGACUGGGGGAUGUCGGCGGAGGGCGAGGCUGGAGCGGCCGCAGGCGCGGGGGUCGGCGGGGCUGCGUCGGUCCCGGACGCGGCUGGAGACGGCGGCGAGACCGAGGGUCUGAACGUGGAGCCUGGGGACCAGGCCGCGCCCGAGGGACCAGGGGAUCGGGCAGGAGCCCGUGUCGGAGAGCCUCAAGGGGAACAUGAAGGCGAGGCCGAGCCGCGUGGGCCCGAGAUGCGGACCGCGAUCUCUGAGGAGCCUGCUGGGCCAGGAGAGGCAGGACAUGGGAGCAUGGAGACGGAGCGACUUGGGGACCAAGGCGGGUGUGAGGACACGGGGGAUCAGGACGGAGAGCCUCGAGAUCAGAUGGGGGACCAGGCCGUGGAUUGUGAAACGUACCCUGAGGACCAGGACGAGCUGAAACACCGCGUAGAUGGACCCACUGAUGACCGUGCUGGGUCUCCGGCGCCAGAGGAUCGGACAUUAGAACCUGAGAACUUUACUGAGGCUCAAGAGCCCCGGGAUCAGACGAUGGAGUCGGAGGCCCCUGAGGAGCAGCCUGGAUCCGAGGAGCCCGCGCAUUGGGAUGUGGAUCCCAAGGAUCAAGUUGGGCUGGGAGCGCCAGAGGUACAGGCCAUGACGCCUGAACAGAACCUUGAGGACCAGGCUGGGCUGGGAGCGACAGAGGAUCGGGCCAUGACGCCUGAACAGAACCCUGAGGACCAGACUGGGCUGGGAGCGCCAGAGGAUCAGGCCAUGACGCCUGAACAGAACCUUGAGGACCAGGCUGGGCUGGGAGCGACAGAGGAUCGGGCCAUGACGCCUGAGCAGGACCCUGAGGACCAGGCUGGGCUGGGAGCGCCAGAGGAUCAGGCCAUGACGCCUGAACAGAACCUUGAGGACCAGGCUGGGCUGGGAGCGACAGAGGAUCGGGCCAUGACGCCUGAACAGGACCCUGAGGACCAGGCUGGGCUGGGAGCGCCAGAGGAUCUAGCCAUGACGCCUGAACAGAACCUUGAGGACCAGGCUGGGCUGGGAGCGACAGAGGAUCGGGCCAUGACGCCUGAGCAGGACCCUGAGGACCAGGCUGGGCUGGGAGCGCCAGAGGAUCGGGCCGUGAUGCCUGAACAGGACCCCAAGGAUCAAGUUGGGCUGGGAGCGCCAGAGGAUCAGGCCAUGAUGCCUGAACAGGACCCUGAGGACCAGGCUGGGCUGGGAGUGCCAGAGGAUCGGGCCAUGAUGCCUGAACAGAACCCUGAGGACCAGGCUGGGCCAGAACAAACAGACGAUGAAGCCACAGAACAUAAAGGAGAAAUUGAAGACCAGGCAGAACCAAAGGAGUCAGAGGAACGGAUGAUGGACUCUGAGGGCCAAAUUAGGCCAGAAGAUGUAGAAAACUGCACCGUAGAGUCAGUGAAACUUGAAGACCAGUCUGGGUGUUCUGAGGAGCCAAGGGAUCAAGACAUUAACACUGAGGACCAUGGGUUUGGAAGAUCAAUUGAUCAAAACAUGCAGUCGGGAGACCUUGAAAAUCAGACUGUGACAGGGGAUUCAGAAGAUCGGACCGUAGAUCCUGAAACCCAUGUUGAGUCUGAGAAGGAGGAUGAUCGAACCGUGGAGCCUGAGAACUUGACUGGGGCUGAGGAACCAGAAAAUCAGAACACAGUGUCGGGAGACCAAGCAAAGCAAGAAGAGCCAGAGGAUAGAAUAUUGGAGCCUGAGGAAGUCUCUCCUGAGCAACUCCGCGAGACUACCAUAGAUUAUGGGAAUCGGAUAGCAGAGCCAGAGGCACUGGACCGGCAGGGACACUAUGGGGCCCUGACCGUACCGAGCAACUUGGUAAAACUCAAGGAGCGUGGCGACUUGGUUUGGCCACGGGAGGCAGAAGAUUUAGCUGGAAAGCCGGAGGAGGCCGGGGAUGAAUUAGUGGAACCGAUAGAGUUCGGGGAUAUGGCCAAGCCAGAAAGUGUCCAGACUGGGAGUAGGGGGGAACAUGGGAAUUGGCGUCGGGAGCCCAUGCUUGGAGCCCGGCCAAAGGAACCCCCCAGGGUUCAGGGAGAGCCAGGGGACCUCAUUGACGUGGCCUUGGAUCAAGAUGAACCCAUGGAUCAACCCAUUGAACAAGGGGAGCCCAGGGGCCUGACCAGGCCUCGCGAUCUUGGGAACCAGGCAAUUAGGUCCUGGGAUCUGACUGAGCCGGGGGAGGAUGGGGAAAGGCUGCUUGGCAUGACCGAGCACCCUGAUGACUCCUUGGGGUCCGUGGAUUCCGGGGCCCAUGUUUACCAUGUGUAUGCGCGCCGCUGGUUCGUGCUGGCGGUCCUGUGCCUGCUCAACCUAUCCAAUGCCCUGAUUUGGCUGAGCUUUGCGCCCAUAGCAGACAAAGCUGCCACGUUCUUUGGCAUCUCACUGGCGCAAGUUAACUGGCUGGCGGUCGUCUUUCUGGUUGCCUGCAUCCCAUGUGGCAUAGUGGCCUCAUGGUCCAUGGACAGCAUUGGUUUGCGUGUAACGCUGGUGCUGGGCUCGUGGCUGAACGCGCUGGGGAGCGUGCUUCGAGCGCUGUCCGAUCACCCGCUCAUGCCCACGGCCCUGAAGGGCUUCCCGCUGCUAAUGACGGGACAGACCCUGGGAGCGCUGGCGCAGCCCUUCCUGCUCUUCGCCCCCACCAAGUUGGCUGCUGUUUGGUUUCCCGACAGCCAGCGAGCAACGGCCAACACCCUGGCCUCUAUGUCCAACCCCCUGGGAAUUCUGCUGGCCAAUGUGCUGUCCCCUAUCAUCGUCUAUGAAGCAGAUCAGAUACCUAUGAUGCUGUACCUGUACUGCCUGCCGGCCGUGCUGGCCUGCGCCCUGGCCACGUGUGGGGUGUGCAGCGGCUCGCCUCCCACACCCCCCUCCCUCGGAGCCACCCACCCCACCGGCGAGCCAUUCUGGCGCAGCGUCAAAGCGGUGAUGACCAACAAGCCGUACCUCGUGCUGUUCUUCUGUUUUGGUGCCGGCGUGGCCCUGUUCACCGCCUUCACAACGUUGCUGGAGCAGAUCCUGUGCUCGCGGGGAUACUCGGACAGCUUCUCAGGGCUGUGUGGAGCGCUGACGAUCGGGUUCGGAAUCAUCGGUGCUGGGCUGGUAGGCCUCUACGUCGACCGCUCCAAGAAAUUUGUGGAAGUAACCAAGAUCAACUUCUGCCUGGCAGCGUUGGCGGCCUGCGUGUUUGCGAUGGUGUGUGGCAUGCGCGACCAGCAGUAUGUGAUUGCCGUGGCGUGCUGCGUCUUCGGGAUGUUCGGCUUCUCCAUUUAUCCCGUGUGCAUGGAGCUGGGUGUCGAGUGCACCUACCCGGUCGGGGAGGCCACCAGUUCAGGCAUCCUCUUCAUCUCAGGGCAGCUGCAGGGCGUGCUGUACAUCGUGCUGAUGCAGGCGGUCGCGCGACCGCUACCGGCCACAGCCGUCCCUGCCGCCGUGUGCCAUGGCAAUGGCGUGACGCCGCAGGACUGGACCGUCUCCGUAUUGCUGUUUGCCGGGAUUGCCAUGCUUGGCGCGUGCUGCAUGGUGGUGGCAUUCCGGACCGAGUACCGGAGACGAAAAGCGGAGGCUGUGGAGUCGUCGGAGAGUGAGCCGCUCCUUGUGUGAGCCAAAGAGGGUUGAAUUCGUCACCCGCGUUCUGUUCAAAGAUGGAUGAAAGCCACGGUUCUUCCCACUCCUGCCUGUCAACGGAUCUCAUCAUUGCGUCUCGCACGUAUAGAUUCGUAUAAAUCAUCCACAUACAGUAAAACCUUGGAUUGCGAGUAACUUGGUCUGCGAGUGUUUUGCAAGACCAGCAAAAAAUGUAAAUACAUUUUUAUUUGAUAAACGAGCGAGGUCUUGCAAUACGAGUACUGUAGUUGUACAGUAUAUGCUUUGUCUGCCGAGCGUCACGUGAUCACAACUGAGCCGAUGGUUCUCUCUCUCGCUGCGGAAUUAUGGGUAAUCGUCUCCCAUGCUCGGUCUCAGUCGGCGUGCCUCACUCGUAUAGUCAACAUUCGUGCGAGCGUAUACUGUUUACUAUAGUGUUGUGACCACGAGUAUGUGCGUAAAGCAUUUUUUUAUUGUGUCCAAGUGUAGUGACUGUCCUUUAGUAACUAUACUGCAAGUGAAAGUCGUCCUUCACAAUAACCCUCCUCUCUCUCGUCUCCCUCACACCAGCCACGAUUAAAUUUCAUUAAUAAAUUUGAUUACUUUAUAUAAAAUUUAAAUAAUAAAAAAAUUAAAAGGUAUUUUGUAUUAAUCAUUUUUAUAUGAAUACAGUAUUUUUGGGUUGUGGAACGAAUCAUCUGAGUUUCCAUUAUUUCUCAUGGGGAAAUUCGCUUUGAUAUACGAGUGCUUUGGAUUACAAACACGUUUCCGGAACAAAUUAUGCUCGCAAUCCAAGGUUUUACUGUAUAGAGAUCCCUCGAUUAACCUAGACAGAGAAUGAGCUGAUUUUUGCAUGAUGCUCAGUCCACUACCUCAUUUGGGGGAAAAAGUUCUUCAAAUACACAUUUUUAAAGAAAAUUUCUUAGGAUUACCAUAGUAAUUUUAAUCUGUUACAGCACAUAGUAAGUUUAUAAUUUACACACUAAUCGUAUAUUUCAUACUUUACACCUGGCAAAAACUAACGGUACUCUUAGUAAACGAUUCUCUUGGUAAUGUUUUUUUCUAUUAUUAGGCUGCACGUAGUUACUGAAGCAGCAAUGUUUUAUCGUAUUUUAAUUCGCAGGGUAUGUGAUGGUUCAGUGAGUGGAUUGAUGUCAGAUUUUGUAAGCAGAGGGACAUGAGCUUUAAUACCACGAUGUUUGCUGCUGUUGGGCUUGGUUGCUCCUGUACUGAGCUCUGUCAAGCCCCCUCCUGGGCCAAGCUACCACAAGAUAAUAAUUAGCGUAUGGAUGCCGUAGUGUGAUGCCUCAUCUUUUCGAGAUGGGAGUUCACUGUAAUUAUUUUCAUUUGUAAAUACAUGUUUACAAUGCGUGGGGCUGCCCAGCAGUGUGGAGAUUCUUGGCACGAUGCCUGGAAUUGGUGGCUGCCAAAUCAGUUGCAUUCCAAGCCCCAGAACAAACAUCGUCCCUGACAGUGGCCAUGGAAAGGCAAACCCAUGCUUUCUUUCAACCAACUAUUUUGUACUCUCGCUGCAAGUUUUGGGCUUUGCUUCCGAUGCCUUGUCACAUCAUCCUCGACGGCGCAAGCAGAACUUUAUUUUCAUUGGCCACACAGAAAGAUGCCUCAUUUUUGUUAGUUUACAGCCCUCUAAGCUUGAUGCCAGACACUUUAUAUUUGUAAAGACCAAUGAUAUUAAAAAUCUGCUUCUUUUAAAAUAUAUAUCAACCAUGACUAUGCAGUAUGUUUAGUUUGAUGAAAAUAUUUUUUGGAAAACAUUUUGGAGUGUAUUUUUACGUAAAUUCCUGUUGUGUAAAUGAUAUGGUGACAGUGUUGUUUUGUAAAUGGCGGUGUAUUAUGUAAAUACUGUAGGUGUUGCACUACUUUUUGUCCUGCCUUCCCUAGAAUGUGUAAUGCCCUCAUAAUGCAAAAGGUUGAGAGACUGGGCAGUCUUGAUCACUGUGAUAACUGAUUUCACAAUAGUGGUGGUGUUUAAUCCGCCUGGUAUCAAUUCAUCCUUGUUUUCGAGCUUUCUUUCGGAUCUUGUCCUACAAUGAAUCCACAGGACGAGGAUUAAUUAAGUUGCCAUACAUAUGCCCAGUUUGGUCAUUAUAAUUACAGUAAUCAAUGAACACUACGAAUCACGAGUAUUUGUUGGGAGCACAAAAACCAUAUGCCAAUGACGGUUUUCAGUCACCUUGCAAAGGCAGUGGAUUGUGAAUGGAAGCCCUUGUGAAAUGGCCGCCUGGUAUGAGAAAUGCUGAUGUCAACUUGAGGCUGGGGCAAUAGUGGUGGAGUAGACACUGAAUCCAGGGUUUGUCUUGUGCAGAGACAGAACAUGAUCUGCAAGGACAGAGAUCAAUAGCGGCAAGCAAGUGACGGCAGGACCUCUAAGGCAACGGUCAGAUUGCCAAGGUCGAGUUCUGCUAGCGUUCCGAGUUGUGGAUUUGCGGCAAUUGAAACGUAUCCUUGUGAACGAGUUAAUGAGCUAAUCUCGAUUACCCUGAAGUUAAACAGUGGCGUCAGCACUGAUUGCUUUGUGGUGCCGGCUGUGUUAAAGGUGAUUUGCAUGUUUUCUGAAUGCAGUUGGGUGAUGGUGGGUUUCCCGAGCCCACUGGUGUGGCAAUGGCAGGGUGAAAGCUCUCGGCCAUGCCGUGUACAUUAUGCGGGUUCACCCCUGUGAGUUACAGAUUAUGAUAAUCAGCUUAGCGCUAGGGUAUCCCUGCUAUAAUACAAACAUUAAUACGCCAAGCAUACCGAAGGCAACGUGAGCAACGCACAUGUUUUGACUUGGUCUGUUAUACGAAGCUUUAAACACAAGCUCGUCAUUACGCAUCAAGUUGUAUCCCAAGGACAGAUUUUGCUCCAUUCUGUUUGCUUUCUGUUUCUUGUGUCGAAAUAAAACUGGAAUAAACACUUGACCAAAAUGGAAUUUGAA